GAGAUCUCUAGAGGUGCACUUUUGGAUCACAUUCUAUAUCAUUCAACCUCGACACAUCUCUCUCUCCACUCUUCAUUUGAUUCUAAUCGUUUAAUUUCAGCUCAAUAUACUAAAAGGUCAGGGUUUUUGAUUGUGUUCUGUUCGAGAUUGGGUGGAGAUGGAGAAUUCGGAGAGCAAAGAAUCGUCGCAGUGUGUUAGAGUUGCUGUCAACAUUAGACCGCUGGUGACUUCGGAGCUUCUUGUUGGCUGCACAGAUUGUGUCACUGUUGUCCCCGGUGUGCCACAGGUGCAAAUUGGAUCACAUGCCUUCACAUACGAUUAUGUCUUUGGCAGUGUGGGACAACCCUCUUCACUGAUAUUCGACGAGUGUGUUGCUCCACUUGUUGAUGCGCUCUUUCAUGGUUACAAUGGCACAGUUCUUGCCUAUGGUCAGACUGGAUCGGGGAAAACAUACACAAUGGGGACUAACUAUAACGGAGAAGAGCAUAAUGGUGGUAUCAUUCCCAAAGUGAUGGAAACUAUAUUCACAAGAGUAGAGGCAAUGAAAUGCUCGACAGAGUUUCUAAUUAGAGUAUCAUUUAUUGAGAUCUUUAAGGAAGAAGUGUUUGAUCUGCUGGAUCCAAAUACACCAUCUUUUUCCAAGAGUGAUGGGGUGUAUCUGGCAAAGCCUACUGGGCCUGCAAGAGCUCCUAUUCAAAUUAGAGAAACAGUGAAUGGAGGGAUAACACUUGCUGGAGUGACAGAGGCUGAGGCCAGAACAAAAGAAGAGAUGACUUCAUUUCUAUUGCGUGGUUCUUUAUCCCGUGCCACUGGGAGCACAAAUAUGAACAGUCAAUCAAGUCGUUCGCAUGCCAUCUUUACAAUAUCCAUGGAGCAGAAAAGAAGUGCUAGUUGCCGAACUGGAGUGGUACAAGAUGAUGUUGGUGAUGAUAUUCUGUGUGCAAAACUUCAUUUGGUAGACCUUGCUGGUUCUGAGCGAGCCAAACGUACUGGAGCAGAUGGGUUGCGUUUACGAGAAGGCAUUCAUAUCAAUAAGGGACUGCUGGCUCUUGGUAACGUGAUAAGUGCACUUGGCGAUGAGAAGAAGCGGAAAGAAGGAGGCCAUGUUCCAUACAGGGAUAGCAAGUUAACAAGACUGUUACAGGCAUGGAAGCAUUUUGUCUCUUCACAUUUAAACACUCAGUAG